AUGGUGAGAACUUCUGCAUUCUGGAUGAGCAGAGGUUUGCUAAGGAGCUACUUCCCAAAUACUUCAAACACAACAAUAUCUCCAGCUUCAUACGCCAGCUUAAUAUGUAUGGGUUCAGGAAAGUGAUUGCUCUGGAAAAUGGUAUGAUUACAGUAGAGAAAAGUUCGGUCAUUGAGUUCCAGCACCCUUUCUUCAAGCAAGGGAAGGCACACUUACUGGAAAACAUCAAGCGCAAGGUAUCUGCAGUAAGAACUGAAGAUCUCAAGGUCUGUACAGAGGAUUUACACAAAGUUCUCUCUGAGGUCCAGGAAAUGAGAGAGCAGCAGAACAACAUGGAUGUCAGACUGGCUAAUAUGAAGAGAGAAAAUAAGGCCCUGUGGAAAGAAGUGGCAGUUCUAAGGCAGAAGCACAGUCAACAACAGAAGCUGCUGUCUAAGAUUCUUCAAUUUAUACUAAGUUUGAUGCAUGGAAACUAUAUUGUUGGGGUCAAAAGAAAAAGGUCUCUAACAGAUGCUGCAGGUGCUUCACCUUCCAAAUACAGUCGUCAGUAUGUUCGCAUACCUGUGGAGAGUGGCCAAGCAAUGACUUUUUCUGAACAUAAUUUGGAUGGUGAAGAUGGAAACAGUACAGGUCUCAUCAUUCGAGAUAUCACUGACACUCUGGAUAAUGCCACUGAUGGACUCCUUGCUCUGGCCCACACGAGUGGCAGAGCCAGAGAGACACAGACAGCUCCGGAUCCUGGCUUACCUAUCUGUCAAGUAUCACAGCCGGUUGAGUUAAAUUGUGCGGAACCUAUCCCUGCAGUUCCGAUAAACGAUGCUAACAAAUCCAGUGAAACAGGAAAUGAUGCUGUGGAGCUCCAUACUGCACAAGCUAAUGCUCCAGAAGACCCUGUGUCAAUGAUUGACUCCAUCUUGAAUGAAAACAACUCUGGAAACCAAAAUGAUCCUUUACUGGACAGAGAAGAAAUUCAGGAUUUUCUAAAUUGCAUUGACGCCAGCCUUGAAGAGCUCCAGGCAAUGCUAUCUGGGAAGCAGUAUAACCUUGGUUCUGAAGCUUUCAGUGAUACAUAUAAUCCUGAGCUGCCAGCCCUGGAUAUGAAUUUGAUGGAAACUUCCUCUGGUAUGGAAAAUAUUGCAAACUUGGCAGACAGCACUGAAGAUCUGGGAGCACGUGAGAGAGAAACAGCAGGAAACAAAGAUAUGCAGCUGAUACAGUACAAGGCCAAUCCUCUGCUUUCAUUAUUUGAAGAACUACCCUCAGGCGAAGCUGCAGGGAAGACAGAGGAUCCUAAAGACCUUCUACUGGCCCCCCUAGAGGAGAAACCUGAAGGAGGAUGGAGAGCAGGUAGUGAAACCGUCUUGCCACUAGCAGCUCCAGCAAACCAGGCUGAGCCUCUUGAUGCUCUGGGAACGGGCGAUCCACCUCUCCUCUCAGAGGAUGGGAAUGGAGAGUAUAAACUGUUUCCCCUCUUGCUGCUCAGUCCUGUUGCUAACUUUAUAGAAGAGGCCUCUGAGAUAGAACCUUCUUGAACUCGCAUAAUAUCUAUAACUGGCUUAGUGAUGUAAAAUAGGUAACAAAGAUAAAUGUAUCAGUGAGAAGUUUCAUCUUCUCUCUCCUCUCCUGCCUCCUGGGUUUCAUAUUUGGUAUAGAAAAAAGAAGGUACUCUUUCUGCAAGCAGAGAGCAAGCCUGGAAAAGCUGAAAACGAGGUCAAAACAAGAACUAAUAGGACUGAAGGCAUUGGGAGGAGGAAAGAACAAGCUCAUUGUAAACAUAUUGCAAUGUAUUCUGUAACUGUUUUUAUCUGAUAUUCUUACUGCAAGAGGAAAUCUGUUUGUAUCCUGUUUGUAAAGUUUGGCUGUUUUUUUUAUUAGCUGGAUAGUAACAUGGUAUGUAAUAUUUUAAACAUGGGUUUUACUCUUUCUGA